CAUUCCAUCGUUCCUUCAGAUUGUAAUGAAGUUGGACCGCUGGGAAUGAUAACAGGAGAUAUUCAGGAUUGGCAGAUAUCCGCUUCCUCUACCUUCCCAAACGAUUGGGAUAAAGGAUGCCACGAGAGAUUCGCUCGCCUCUAUCAGCCGAACGGAAAGAGUUGGUGCGCCAAGUACAGGGCCUCGUCGGAAUGGCUGCAAGUUGAUCUUGGAGUGGCCGCCAAGGUCAGCAGGGUGAUG